AUGUGGCGAGACCGCACGAAUCUCUAUAUCUCGUAUCGACAGUCCUACGCCCAUCACCCAACCCAGCGCAACCGGUAUGGGCCAUCAAGCGUGGCCGACCGCUUCGGCGGCAAUGCCGCGAGCGCCGGUGGUUUGUAUGCGGCCGACGACGACCGACGGGGCCUCCUAUCCUCGGGCGCAUACGACGUGGACGAUGGUGACGCGGUAAUCGAGAUGGACUUGCUCCCACCACGCUGGGCCGAUGUUUCGGACGAAGUUACAGAGCUGCUGGCAGAGAUCGCGAGCAAAAGCCAGAAGUUAGAACGACUGCAUCAGAAGCACGUCUUACCCGGGUUCAACGACGAAGAGACUAAAAAGGCGGAGGAAGGGGAGAUCGAACGGUUGACUCAAGACAUCACGCGCGGGUUUCACCAAUGCCGGCAAUGCAUACAACGGAUUGAGCAGAUGGUACGGGAAGGGAAGGCGAGCGGCCAGAUGAGUCGUGCAGACGAAACGAUGGCAAAAAACAUUCAGGUCAACCUCGCCACGAGAAUCCAGGAGGCUAGUGCCGGGUUCCGGAAGAAGCAGAGCGCAUAUUUGAAAAAACUCAAGGGUAUGGCAGGCCUUGCCAGUCCACUCGAACGCUCCUCGACCCCCCUACCGCCGGAUGGCAACUACAGCGACCCAUCGAUGUUCGAGUCUGACGCGGACAAGACAUAUUCACAAUCAACCCUACAAGCGCCUGCCCACCAAAAACUGCUCGGUUCAAACGAUUCCGUCAUUGCCCAACGCGAAAAGGAAAUCGAGGAAAUUGCGCGCGGUGUCAUUGAACUUGCAGAUCUUUUUCGCGACCUCCAGACGAUGGUCAUUGACCAGGGGACCAUGCUGGACCGGAUCGAUUACAAUGUGGAGUCCAUGGCAGCUGAUGUGAAGGAAGCCGAUAAAGAAUUGAAAACGGCAGAGACCUAUCAGAAGAAGACAACCAAACGGAAGAUUAUCUUUCUGCUGUUGCUAAUCAUCGCCGGCAUGAUUAUAUUGCUCAUCAUCAAGCCGAAGAAACAACACCAGGUGGUGGAGGAGGACGAGCACUGA